CUUGCUACACACACCACUCCCCGACGGCACUUCACUCUUUAUUCCUCCCCCAUCGCACCAAGAUGGCUAACCCACCUCAUGGCGGCAUCCUCAAGGACCUGAUCGCUCGCGAUGCCCCGCGCCGCCAACAAUUGUCAGAAGAGGCCGAAACCCUUCCUGCCAUUGUCCUCUACGAACGCCAGCUCUGCGAUCUCGAGCUCAUCCUCAAUGGAGGCUUCUCCCCGCUCGAGGGGUUCAUGAAUGAGAAGGACUACAAUGGCGUGGUAGAGAAGAACCGUCUCGCGGACGGCAAUCUCUUCUCCAUCCCCAUCAACUUGGAUCUGAACCAGGACAUCAUUGAACAGGUGGGCGUCAAGCCGGGUGCGCGCAUUGCCCUGCGCGAUUCUCGUGAUGACCGCAACCUCGGCAUCAUCACCGUCGAGGAUGUGUACAAGCCCGACAAGCAGAAGGAGGCCAAAGAGGUCUUUGGUGGUGACCCCGACCAUCCAGCGGUCAAGUACCUAUUCAAUCAAACCGGAGAGUACUACGUGGGAGGCAAGAUCGAGGCCAUUGACCGCCUGCAACACUACGAUUAUGUCGGUCUCCGCUACACCCCUGCGGAGCUCCGCGCGCAUUUCGACAAGCUGGGCUGGUCCAAGGUCGUUGCUUUCCAGACGAGAAAUCCCAUGCACAGAGCUCAUCGUGAGCUCACUGUCCGCGCCGCCCGCCAGCGACAGGCCAACGUCCUCAUCCACCCCGUCGUGGGCAUGACCAAGCCGGGUGACAUUGACCACUUCACUCGCGUUCGUGUCUACCAGGCUCUGCUCCCACGAUACCCGAAUGGCAUGGCUGUUCUGGGUCUGCUCCCACUUGCGAUGCGCAUGGGAGGACCACGUGAAGCCAUCUGGCACGCCAUCAUCCGUAAGAACCACGGUGCAACCCAUUUCAUCGUCGGUCGCGACCACGCGGGCCCCGGCAAGAACAGCAAGGGCGAGGAGAUUUAUGGCCCCUACGAUGCGCAGUACGCUGUGGAAAAGUACCGCGAUGAGCUUGGUAUUGAAGUCGUGCCAUUCCAGCAGAUGACCUACCUCCCCGACACCGAUGAGUACAAGCCCAAGGAUGAAGUACCCAAGGAGAUCAAGACCCUCGACAUUUCCGGCACAGAGCUCCGAAGACGUCUGCGCACGGGAGGUGAUAUCCCAGAGUGGUUCUCAUACCCCGAAGUCGUCAAGGUGCUGCGCGAAUCACACCCUCCCCGCAACAAGCAAGGCUUCACCGUCUUCUUGACCGGCUACACCAACUCGGGCAAGGAUGCCAUUGCACGUGCAUUGAACGUCACUCUCAACCAGCAAGGCGGUCGAUCCGUUUCCUUGCUUCUUGGCGAGACCAUUCGCUCCGAGCUGUCCUCUGAGCUCGGAUUCUCCCCAGAAGACCGCGACAAGAACAUUCAGCGUAUCGGCUUCGUUUCCGCCGAGCUCACCCGUGCUGGCGCCGCUGUCAUCGCCGCACCGAUCGCACCAUAUGCCAGAUCCCGCAAGGCGGCCCGCGAGACCGUCGAGAAGCACGGCUCUUUCUACCUCAUCCACGUGGCCACACCGCUCGCAUAUGCCGAGAAGACGGACCGUCGCGGCAUCUACGCCAAGGCUCGCGCUGGUGAAAUCAAGGGUUUCACUGGUGUCGACGACCCAUACGAGGCACCAGAGGGCAAGGAAGCGGACCUCGUUGUGGACCUGACGCAGAUCAACGUGCGCACUGCCGUACAUCAAAUCGUGCUCUUGCUCGAAGCCGAAGGUCUUUUGGACCAAUUAUAGAUGACUGAAUGUGAUGGGUUUCUACAAAUGGCGCUGGGGUUUUCCAACUGCAAAUGAUUCCAGAUGAAAAGCAUGGGGUACCUGAACUGGAGCCGGUCACAGGAACAGACUAGGCUCAGAUGCAAUAAGCAACGAACGAAAAAAGGUCCGAAUAGGAGAUAGAUGAACCAAGUAUUCACCUGCAUACUCUCGGUGUAUGUAGCAGGACCACACAGUUGUAGGUGAUACAAUGACCUGGGAAGUGAUGCCUCGUCACGAGGAGUGCCUGAAUGAGUUGAAUAAAGUUCAAUCCCCC